CAAGAUGUUAGUGUCCUUAUGUCAAUUGAGACUUUUGAUGCAAACAUCAACUACCUCUAUGACCUCAGUACCGAAACCCCUCAAGUACUUAAAGAACUCCUAUGAACCCUUGAAGAAUGCCUACAAUAAAAUCCAAAAGAAAGACGUGCGACGUCAAUUAGCAGAAGUGAUUAGCGUGUUAUCACUGGCGGCAGCACCUGCUGGGGGUAAAGAAUGCCUGAAAUACUGUCUCGAAGGUGCAGUGAAGAAUCCUGGGGAAUGGGGUCACGAAUAUGUAAGGCAAUUAGAAAAUGAAAUUGUCGAUGAAUGGACGAAUUCUCCCGUGAAAGAUGAGGAUCGUAUAAGGCAACAGUUAACACCUUUGGCGAAAAGCAUCGUCAAGUUCGACAUGAAACACAACGCAGAGAUACCAGGAUGCGAUCUAUGCUUGGAAAUCGAUCAGCUAGUAUUCCUCAAUGAUUAUUUAGACAGCACGAAUUUUGAGAGGGUCUGUCGUUAUUUAGAAGGCUGUGCAGCCUACAGCGAGGACAUGGAGAAAAGGCAGAUACUUCAGAUAACAUUUGGAUAUUAUUUAAGAUUCAAAGAAUACUGCAAAGCAAUGUUAAUUGCUCUACAACUUGGAGACUCGAACCUUGUGCACCAGUGCCUGACUGCAUGCCCUGAUAAUCUCACCCGGAAGCAAUUAGCGUUUAUACUAGUCAGGCAACGGGAUAGUCCUUUGAAGAAGGAGUACCAGGGCAAGGAUGCACCGGAUAUAGAAACGAUCCUAAGCAACAGUCACACGAAUAGUCACUUCCAGGUACUCGCAAGGGAACUCGACAUCAUUGAACCCAAACACCCAGACGAUAUCUACAAAACCUGGCUGGAGACCAGCACGGUCAGAAGGACCGAGCACGACUCUGCCAGAGCGAACCUAGCUUCCAGUUUCGUUUCCGGUUUCGUUCACGCUGGAUUCGGUCAGGAUAAACUAAUGGCCAACGCAGCAGAUUCCUGGGUUUAUAAGAACAAGGAUCACGGAAUGCUAUCGGCUACAGCUUCCUUAGGGUUAAUACACAUGUGGGACGUGGAUGGUGGUCUAGUACCGAUCGACAAGUACCUUUAUACGAACGAUGACUUCAUCAAAUCAGGCGCCCUACUCGCUAUAGGGCUGGUCAAUUGCGGGGUUCGAAACGAAUGUGACCCAGCAUUAGCUCUUCUAAGCGAUUACGUGCUGUCUGAUAACGCCACAUUAAGGAUUGGAGCUGUUUUGGGACUGGGUUUGGCUUAUGCUGGUUCGCAGAGGUCCGAUGUCACCGAACUUCUAACUGGGGUUCUAGCGGACAAAGCGACCACCAUGGAAGUGGUAUCCCUUGGUGCAAUCGCGAUGGGGUUAAUAAACGUCGGUUCAGCCGAUGCUGACAUCUCUUCAACGAUUCUACAGAAGCUACUAGAGCUAACACCCCAAGAACUAUCCAGUACUUAUUCCAGAUUUCUGCCUCUUUCGCUGGGGAUGAUCUACAUGGGCUGCAGAGAUAUCAUAGAUGCUCCAUCAGCUGCUCUCGAGGUUUUACCUGAUCCCUACAAGCUGGCCUCUCAAACCAUGCUGCAGGUGUGUGCGUACGCUGGGACAGGUGAUGUGUUGAUCGUGCAGGAAUUGUUGCGAAUUUGUUCAGAACCAGUGAAUGGUGAAAAUGUAUCCAACACCUCUAUUAGGACUUCGGUUACCAGUGGCGGUGAUCUGCGACCUAGAAAUGGCGAAUCGUCAGAGAAGAAAACGAAGAAGUCAGAAGAAAAGAUGGAAGGAUCGAAGGAUAUUGGAUCGUCUCAGGCUAUAGCGGCUCUGGGCGUCGCUGCUGUUGGUCUGGGAGAAGGGAAGGAAGACUCGAGGAUUUUCGGUCAGAUCGGCAGGUACGGUCCUAUAUCCGCGAGAAGAGCAAUGCCACUUGCCCUAGGCUUGUCCUUCCUGUCCAAUCCAGACCUAUCAGUUUUGGACGUUUUAAAUAAAUACAGUCAUGACAAUGAUGCUGAAGUUACGAACAACGCGAUCUUCGCCCUUGGUCUAGUGGGUGCUGGAACAAAUAACGCUCGUCUUGCUACCAUGUUGAGACAGCUGGCUUGUUAUCACGCGAAGAAUCCUCUUCAUCUGUUCCUCGUUCGAAUAUCCCAGGGGCUGGUGCAUCUUGGAAAAGGAACGUUGUCCAUAUCUCCAUUGCGGCAUGCCUCCAAAGUCCUUGAUCGAACUGCCUUGGCUGGACUGAUGGUGGUCCUGGUAGCCUUCUUAGAUAAUCAGAACCUGAUCCUGGCCAAAUCUCAUUACUUAAUGUAUUGUCUAGCUCUUGCAAUGGAACCAAGGUGGUUGGUUACCUUGGAUGAAAAUUUGCAGAGUCUGCCAGUGUCGGUGAGGGUUGGUCACGCCGUGGACAUCGUUGGAAAAGCUGGGAAUCCUAAAUCCAUAUCUGCUGGUUACGUUCAUACGACUCCAACGUUGCUUUCCUAUGGAGAAAAGGCAGAGCUUGCUUUAGACGAAUACGAGGCGUUGUCCAAUGUACUUGAAGGCUUCAUUAUUCUUCGAGAGAAGGUGGCUGCUUCGUAAAGUCGAUGUUAAAGGAAACGUUGAAGAGAGGGAAAUGAAUUUUAUUUCAAUAGAAUAAGAAACAUGGUCAGAACUAGGAACCUUAACGCGAUACACUGAUAUCUAUGGUAUUUUUCAAGCAGUUCUGUAACAAAAUAGAGACGAAAUUUGUAACGCUUACACGCAAUAUCUCGUCAAAGACGCGAGCAAUCAGCGUAUUGUAUAGGUUUGCAUUUAUUUAACUUCAGAGACUAGCGGAAGCAAUGUGCUGUAUACAACGGAAACAUACAUCGGUUCGCAUUGCACGGUAGAAACAGGUAGAGACAACGGUGCACCAUGAUCUGACAAUGUCACGGUAGGUCUGCUUACGAAUCGUCAUAAAUAAAAUACAUCUUAACCCUUUAACUGCGAAUGCCGUGUACGUACAUCCAAUAAAUAAAAAAAUUCUAAGUAAUUUAAACUCUGAAAAGAAUUUUUCUUUGUCGAUCGAGCAAGCUACAGUUAAAGGGUUCAAUUAAAAGAGGAAUAAAAGAAAUAAACGGAACAAGCAAGAUAUAGAAAUAAACGCGAAAAAAUAACGGAAGAAACGUAAUGAAAGUAACCCCCGAACAAGCGAUACUUUACAAGAAAUUCGAGCUAACCGUGUUUGCUAAUGGUAAAAGUCUGCAAAUUAAAGAUAAAUAUUGCAGUUUAUUGAUUUCGAUAAUGUGUACAAAAGCGGACCACAAGGAAACGAGCAACGAUUAUUUAUCGUGGAUAAGAAUUGUGUGUCCUAUCUGCUUUCAUUAUUUCUCGCCACGAAUACGCAUAAACGUCUGUGCAUAUCAGUUUCUUCUGCCUGUUCGUUAACAGGUUCGCAAAUACACAAGAUCAUGGAGCACGUUCCCAUAUUCUCGUUAACGAAAGCGACGAGAAACUCUCCAGGAAAUUGUCGGAUGCUCUUGCAAAGAGAAAACUAUCGACUUUUCUCGUGUUAAAAAAAAAAUGUCCGCUGACAUUUACAUAUAUAGGCACAUGACUUAGGGUAAGUGGCGAAGUGUAGAGUGAAACACGCGUUUCUCGACUCGUUCUGUCCUUUUUUUUUUAGUUUUCACGUAAAAACUUAACACUUUGACGGCCGAGCAUAUCGUGGAACCUA